AGGUGUGGAGAAGAGCAUUCAGAAUCAACCGUCCAGUGGCACUGCAAUCAAUGGAUACCUGGAACAUGUCUUGGAUCCACCACUGAUGAUGCGAGAUGUCAACUACUGGCUCAACUAUGAGUUGGCCAAGGAGCCUGAACCGCGAAUCACCUGUGUGAAUGGCGCGGUGGAAGAGUCCUGCAUCAGUCAGAGAGAAACGCAGGGGCUUUUGGACCAGGAUAAAUUCAUCCGCGACAAUAUCACAGAAGAUGAUAUUCUGGUUGUGGAUGUGGGUGGAAAUGAUGUUGCCUUGCGGCCAACCUGCGGCAUCAUCUUCAACAUGGCAUGGCUCCUCUAUCUAACUCCAACGUGUCUCAUACGCUGCUGUCCAUGGUUGGCGCCCGGCAUGUGGUACUUCUUCUACAUGUUCCGGGUGAGGCUCAGGCGUAUCAUCGACAAGCUGAUUGCCAAGCGAAAGCCCAAGAUGAUUGUGAUUUGCAUGCUGUAUUUUCUCGAUGAGCAGCCGGGCGGCAGCUGGGCAGAUGGCACCCUGCAAGCUUUGGGCUAUGACACCAAUCCAGACAAGCUUCAGACGGUGAUGCGACAGGUCUACCACUGGGGCAUCUCACAAAUCAAUAUCCCCAACACCACGGUCGUGCCUCUUCCAUUGUAUGAGGUGCUGGAUGGAAAGGACACCCAGGACUACGUGGCGCGAGUGGAGCCCAGUGACCAGGGCGGUGCCAAGUUAGCCCAGGCCAUCCGCGCAGCCAUCGUGGGCCGCGAGUGAUGAGGAGCAAAUUCCUGCCACGGAAAUUCCGACCUGGCGCGAGACGUGAGGUGACACACGUGGUGUGAAUAGCUUGUUAUUUCUCGACGAGAGUCGAGAAAGAGUCAGUGCAGAGUGUAGAUGGCAGACGAGACGAGUUUCUCCAAGAUGAAGAGCAGGUUGUAUUCUGAAACGCUUUUGGAGUUAGAAGUUUGCGAUGAAUUCUUGGGGUACAAACCGUGUUUCAUCAGACCAGGCUGUAGGGCCAGUCGCCUUGGUGAGUGCCAGAUUGGAGCUAG